GUUUUGUCCCGACUCUUUUUCUGCCUCUCGUUCUCUCUCUCUCUCUCUCUCUCUCUCUCCCUCUGUGUCUUCCAGCCUGUAGCUGGAUUGGGGUUGGGCCUAGCUGGUUUCGGGAAGAGUGGGGACUGGAAGGCUUUGGUCGUGUCGGUGGCCAUGGAAAUCGGCACCGAGAUCAGCCGGAAGAUUCGGAGUGCUAUAAAGGGAAAGCUACAGGAACUAGGAGCUUACGUUGAUGAAGAACUGCCAGAUUACAUUAUGGUCAUGGUGGCCAAUAAGAAGAGCCAGGAACAGAUGACAGAGGAUCUUUCCCUUUUUCUAGGAAACAACACUGUGAGAUUUACUGUGUGGCUUCAUGGUGUCUUAGAUAAGCUUCGGUCUGUAACUACAGAGCCCACAAAUCUAAAAUCUUCUGAACCUAACAUUUUUGAGAGCAGUCUCUCUUCUGGCAAAAGUGCAUCAAGUCGGAAUGAGGAGAGGACUGGAGAAGAAAUCCUACAGCCUCUUACAGUGUCAAGUUCUCUACCUGAAAGGAUCGACUUCCGAGUUUCUACCAGUUCUCAGGAACAGAGAGCUGCUGCUCUUCGGCAGCCCAGUCAUGAUGGGUCACCAUCCCCGUUAAUGUCAACUGUAAAACCUUUACGGGAGCUAUCCUCCUUGGAAGCUGUGAUUGACAUUAAGCCUGAACCAGAUGAUCUCAUUGAUGAAGAUCUGAAUUUUAUACAGGAGAAUCGGUUACCUCGGAAGAAGCCUCUGGUUACAGUAACAUACGGCUCUUCGCGACCAACAGCUGAAAUCUACCGUCCACCCGCUAGUCGAAAUGCUGAAGGCAGUGUUCACUUGCAGAGGUUGCCACAGUCAGGCAACCUGCAGACUGGCAAGCAGCUUAAUGUACAGGGUGAUAGGUCACAGGAAACCAUCCACCUUUGUGAUCCAGAUGUAUUUGACAGCUUGGCCGAGAGUUACCAGCCCCCUUCAAAAGGGAACGCUGAUAAAAUUAGCAGUGAGGAAGAAACAUUGAGGAAGAGAAAACUCCCAGUUGUAAGUUCAGUAGUCAAAGUGAAACGGUUCGGUAAUGAUGGAGAGGAAGAAGAAGAGGAAGAUGACUACGGUCUGCGACUGGGAGGCAUUUCAAGUAGUGUGUCUGUGCCUGCAAAACCUGAAAGAAGGCCUUCACUGCCACCUUCCAAACAAGCUAAUAAGAAUUUAAUAUUGAAAGCUAUAUCCGAAGCUCAGGAAUCAGUGACAAAGACAACUAAUUAUGCUACAGUCCCACCAAAGCAGACAGUUCCUGUGGCUCCCAGAACUCGAACUUCCCAUGAAGAAGUCCUCCUUGAAGUAAUUCAUGGGCAGAAUCAGCCAAGCAGAGUGAACUCUCAGAUACAAGAAGAAGAGCCAAGAGAACAGACAUUAGGAAGAAUUCCAGGAAGCCAACAGAGGCAACUCUUUUCCCGUCUCCAGAUUGAGCCGGGCACUGAAAAUAUAUUACAAAAAACUGAAGAUUAUUAUGACUUGGAAUCAGUGAUCCACACAGAUACAAGAUCAUUUAUUUUGAAGAAGCCCAAGCUGUCUGAGGAGGUCACCAUACCCAGAAACCUGGAAGUGGGAAACAGAACUACAGAUGCCUUACAGGCACUUUCAGGACGGCUCAUUCAGACACGAGAGCAGCUUAUGUUGUCAGAGAAGCCUGCUAGUCCCAAGUUUAUAGUCACUUUGGAUGGAGUCCCCAGCCCUCCGGGGUACUUAUCUGAUCAAGAGGAGGAGGAAUUGAAUCUUAUGGAGGGAGUUAGGCCUAUUCCAUCCAAACCAACAGGGAGCAAGGGAUUAAGAAACCUUCGCACACAACAGAUGCACAUUAUAUCCAGACAGCUGGACAGCACAGAUGUAGAGAUGGAAGAAAUAGGCAUCUUACAGAAGUUGGAGAAAGUACCCGAGCGGUGCAAAUACUGGCCUGCCUGCAAAAAUGGAGAUGACUGUGCCUUCCAUCAUCCUACACUGCCAUGCAAAGUCUUUCCAAGCUGUAAGUUUGCUGACAAAUGUUUAUUCAUCCAUCCAAACUGUAAAUAUGACGCCAAAUGCACCAAACCAGAUUGUCCUUAUACUCAUGCCAGUCGACGGGCACCGCAACCACCUCCUAAACAAGUUUCAGCUCCAGCCCCACCACCAUCUUCUACCAGCCAGCUUUGCCGUUUUUUCCCUUCGUGUAAGAAAAUGGAAUGUCCCUUUUACCAUCCCAAACACUGCAGGUUUAAUACACAGUGUACCAGAGUGGACUGCACAUUCUACCACCCUAAUGUUUCUGUACCACCACGUCAUGCCUUGAAAUGGACUCGAACACAAACUAGUGAAUAAUUCAGAGAUCGCCAUUCAAUUUUCCUCAUUGUUCUAUGAUGGUGGCAAGAUGCUGGCUGAUGGUACAAGACGCUGUAAAAGUUUGCCACCUACUCCAGGCUUUGAAUAUGUAUUGUUUCAUAAAGUGAAAUUGAUUACACACUUGAAAUAUGUAAUUUUCAACUGUUGUAUAUUUAAUAACUGGUUUUACAUAUUUUUACUGUAAAAUUGUCUGUAGGAAAGAGGAAAUUUGCUUUAAUUCUUAAUUAAAAUACCAAGGCAAGCAUUUUGUUCUACAUAUAUUGACGUAUUGUCUUUUUUACUACUGAAAAAGUAGACUUUUUGUUGAAAAAAUAGGUCAUAAGCUAUCUAGAAUAGUUCAUAUAUGCUUUUAGGAGAAUGCCUUUUCUUGAAAGUUCUCUUUUCAUAGAAAAUGACAGGCAGCAUUCUCUCCCCCGACUCUUCUUUUGACUUUUCAUUUCUUUACUUAGUGACUAUAUUCAGAACAGAAAUCAGUAUGAAGGCUUAAAGCAAUCCUCUUUCACAUGGAACUAUAUUUCAGAUCAGGAGUUAAAACUGGAUAAUUAAGACUGCAAUCAUAUGGGUCCCCAGCUGCUAUUCCAGGGACUGUAUGAUGCACAGAUGGGCGUUCACUAAUAGUAUAGAAAAGGCCCCAACCUUGGUAAUAGUAUAGCUCAUUGCUUGCCCUUACUUGUUUCCGAACAAAAGCUCUCUCCAGUGUCCUAAAGGUACCAAAUUGGCGUAAGUUUGCAAUAAAGGUAGAUUGUGAUCAGCUACGUAUACUGAUAUUUUUCAGAAAUAUGGUAGAAAUGGUGAUUUGUUGCAGAGGCUGUGUGAGUACACAGUCCUCCAAGCUAUUGUACUCCCUUAGCUGCGAUUUAUCAAGAGCUCUACGUUGCAUCCAUACUCAGUUUUAGACAUGGAUAAUGAAUGGUAAUUCCCAGGAAAGAUGCGACAUGGUAAGGCCACUAUAAAGGUAUACAUUCUAUCAGGCUUAUAUAGCAUGAGAAAGUACACCUAUCAAAAGUUUAUGAAAUCUCACCAGCCAAAAUUCUGUUGAGCUUUUUGGUUAUAGCAUUAAUUAAUUAAGAUUAAAUGGUAACAAUGUGUUUUAAAUUACAUCCUUUGCACCUUUUACUAGGCCAGGACAUUGUGUGAAAUUGUAUUGUGUACCUUGUGUUCAAUUGUUACUACCUAAAUGUGAGAUAGUUAUUUUUUAAUGUUUAUAAAAAUAAUUUGGAUUUUUAAUUAUUCUAAGUUGCCCAGUCACUUAGAUGUUAAUUAAAUGAGCUUGAAGAACUCCACCCUACAAAAAGCAUGUGGUUAUUACUAUUGAGUAACACCACAAGUUUGUAGAUGUAAAUCAUAUCCCGGUUAAAAGAACUAUCCUUAGACCUCAGAAAAAAAAAUGUCAAUACAUGUGAAUCUGGAAAGGGUCACAAAAACAUUAUCAUAUAUUCUGGUACCAUCAAUCCAGUGUUAAGCAGAUAAUAUAUAAAUGAAGAAAAUGCUAUGCCAUUGUUACGUGUUCCAAUAGGUGUCCAAUACAAUCCACCCUAAUAACAAGAUGUACAAUAUUCUGGGAAAGUUGUAGUCUCCAGAUUAAUGUCAAAAAUUUGCAGGCCAUCAUAAAAACAAAUCCUGAAAAAGAAUGUGUCUUGGAGGAUGCAACUGCUUUUCACUGCUACUUGUUUUAAACACACGUGGCUGAUUGCGCAGGACUGUGGAACAACAAUCUGAAUAGCUUGGACAAAUGUAGAUUGUUUUUGCAUCAAUGAGAAAUUGAUGUUUGAAAAAAAAAAUACAUUUAACAAAAGAACCUCAUCUGACCCAUGCAGUAUAGUAAUGGGAAUAUCAGGAUUUGAGGCUUCUUUGCAGCCAUUGGAGCCAGACAACUCAUAAUUGAUGAGCUAAUAAUUUCAGGACCAUAUCAACAAAAUGAAGCCAAACUGAAAUUUAAGCAAAUGUAGAUCGUGCUGCACAACUGCAAUCCUAUACACGCAAAUCUAUGACAGAAUAGCUAAAUCGGAAGACGUUCUCUUUAUUGGAAUGGUUAUCAAAGCCCUGAUUUUAAUCUAUUGCACUGUAACGGGUCUGAAGCAAGCAGUAAAAGCCCAAAAUAUCAAUAACUUGAAGAAGUUGUAUGUACUUCCAUGCCAAUGUGCAGAAUUUACUAAGAGAUUCAGAAAAUGUUUCAUUGAACGACUACUGCUGAAGUAUAUGCCACCAAUUACUGUAAAAAAUUCCAGCAAAGGUAGAGAAUGUUUAGUUGAAUAUGUUCAAUAAAACAUUCUAUAAAGUUUUACAACAAUGCCCCUCACAAAAAUGUUUUUUGUGUUACUAAUUUGUGUUACUAAUUAACUCUAAUAUGUAAUUUACAUGAAGUUCAAAUCACACUGUAAAUCACAUCUUUACAGGCUUAUGGAUAAGUUUAAAAGGUUCACAAAAUUUCUUUCUCCAUUAUUCAUUACCAUACUAUGAUCACAUUUAUCUUGCCUCUUCCUCUGGGAAAAAAAUCCAAUUUCAAAUAAAACUAUUUCUCAACUUUUAAUUGCAUUUCCUACCAUUUCAUAUGUUGAUCUAAAAUAUCUCUAAAUGAAUGUAAGGCUGUCCACUCUAUUGCCUCUAUACAAGUUACUUGAGAGUUUUAAAACAGAGCCACAAAUGCUUACUAUGAGGAUCAGAUAAGAAAGAGAACAUCUCUUUUCAUACUCUCAACAGCUAAAAUUUUAAAAAUAUAUAAACUAAGCAUAUUUCACACCAGUUUAGUUAACAACCACGUUUUACUUUGCCAGUUGUUUAAAAUAUUUUCCUUUUUUACAGUAGUUUGCAUUACUUGACAGUUUUAUUUGGCUCAUCCUUUUUUACACUAGACCUGAUUCUUGAAAAUAGAUGAGUAACUGUUCACUCUUGAUUAUCAAGGAUUGUGCAAGGUUGUUUGCUUGUAGUUAAUAUUUAUUUAUUUACCAGGCUUAUAUCCUGCUGCAAUUGUAGGAUUCUUGCAGUUCACAAAAUAAGAAUGUACAGCAAAGUAUAAAACAUACAUCAAAUAAAACGGUAACAAUGUUGUAUUUUUUCCAUUCUUCCAUGAAAGCUAAAUUAGUAAUUUUAGACAAACAGCAUUAAAUGUAUUUUAGACAAACAGUAUUAAAUGGUGUAUAAGAAAACAUUCAGCAAGUUUUACAACAGUGCACCUCACAAUCUAUUUAAUUCUAUACACAGAACCAUGUCAAUUAAACCUUAAGUAUCAAUUAAAAGUUACUUCCUUUUGGAUAUAAUCCCAAAUUGAGAUUCUGUGUAGAAGAUAGAAACAGUAAGUAAAUAUAUAUAAGUAAAUAUAUUUUGCGUUUAACCCACUGAUAGUUCUGUUUAGACUGCUACAAUUGUUCCAGGGCUCAUAGGAUGACAGUACUAUGGGAUAUUUGCAGUAAAAUGAAAACAAUCUUGUAAGUGUGGAGAGCAUUGAUAGUGCCAAUAUGUUUUUAAAAUAUACUCUGUACAUGAUUUAAUGCAAGUUAGGAUUUAAGUUUUAAAAAUGAGUCACAAAAUUCUUAGCAUAUUGAAUAAUAUUCAUGGCCAGUUUGGGUCCAGUUUGAAAUGGAACUAAAAUGAAGGUUCUCAAGAAAACUGAAUGCCGUGUUUGAUGUAUUUCAGUGUUACCAAAAGACAUUUUGAAACAUGUAUAUUUGGCAUAGUACAUAUAUUGCAUUUCAUACUGUCUUUGAGCAAUUUUAAUGAGAGUUAUGUAUUUUAAAAAGUUUAAGGAUGACUUAUUACUACUAUAUAAAUGCUUAAAAACUGGUCUCCCUAUUUGCAACAGCUUUCCAUUAGUAGCAAAGGUAUAUUUUCUUAAUGAUUAUAAAAGUUUCAAAGGGACAUGAAAGGGUGUUCACAGAUUUUAAAUAAGUAGACAAGUGAUAAAAAGGAACAUAAAGUUAAUUGGAAAAAUGAUAUAAAAAUGUAUACAUGUAUAUAAAUGUACUUCUUUAUUUCUAACUGUAAAAAGAUUGGACAAAAAUGUAUGUCAAAGAAGAAACACCACGUUCACUGUUUUUAAUGUUU